AUGGCGAAGCUGAAGCAAUCAUUGUCACCUGUUGACCCUUCGAAUUUUCUCUGGGCCCUUGAACGUCAAAUGCACUCUGAUGGGAAACUGGACUUCCAAUUUAAUACUCAGCAAGAUGUAGCAGAGAUUUUGUUUGUGGUUUUGGACGCCCUUAAGGGAUUUUCCCCGAUUGCUGCAGAUAAAAUCUCAACUGAAAUCUCAAUGUCCGUAAGCUGUAACACCUGCCUGUGCACCUCGGUAAAUGUCGAAAUGCAGGACAUUUUAACACUGCCAAUGACAUCUAAAAUCCAAUCUUGUGUCAGCAAAUUUUUAGAACCGGAAAUUCUAACUGAUGGAAACAAGUGGUUUUGUCCGCAAUGCUUUGCACAUAGAGAGAGUACUAGAGAAACGCAAAUCAGCAGGAGUAGUGAAAUCGUAUUCCUGCAUCUUAAAAGGUUUUUAAAACAUGGUGAACAUCUGGUAAAAGACAACAGAGUUGUUGAAUGUGUUUCUUUACGUGACUCUCUCCUGCAACUACCUCUCGUCAGUGAUACGGACACAAUGUUUAAUCAGAACUACUCAUUGUUAGCAACAAUUAAUCACUCCGGUACAUUAACCGCAGGUCAUUAUUGGGCUUAUGUUAAGGAUCCUGCCACAAAUUCUUGGUACCACUGCAAUGAUAGAGCGGUUUGCAAAUGCUCUCCACCUAUUCUCAACAACAAUUCAUGUUAUAUUCUUUGUUACGUUCGCUGUUGA